GCGAGCUGGUCGACCGUUGAGGCUGGGGUAUUGCUCUCAAGUUUGAAGGUCAUGACUUGACUUCUUCUUGAAUGAAUGAAGUAACUAAGCAUAUUUGCUUCAGAAUCUGGGCUUGGAUCUGAUUAUUUUCUCCAGAUUUCACAUAGAUCAUGAGACACCAUGGCUGGCAGCGUCCUCUACACCCUCUACAGUAUGUGGGAAUGGCAAUUUACAGUUUCCUGGUCGCGGCCUUCUAUACUUUCCUGGGGCUUUUCUUUGGAAAUAGAACAGCGGAGAUUGUGAUGAACGUGAUAUAUUCCUGUGUGGCAUUCUCCGUUAUGCUUCUGUACAUUAGGUGUACCGCAAUUGAUCCAACAGACAGAACCAGUUUUAGGAAGAAAAAAGUAAAGUCUAAUGGAAUUUCCAAGCUAAAUUAUGGGUUUAUGCUGGGACAGAUUAUCAUAAGAUUUUUCAGAAGGCUUGAAAGGAAGAUGCUUAGGACAUUCAUCAAGAGGAAGUACCUAGAUCCGUGGAAGACAAGUACCCAAAUGGAGCCUUUGCUCCCAUUUCCACUUGUCAUGAAAGAUGAUGCCAUUGCACCCAAUCUGAAAGACGAUGACAUCUCAUUUUGCUUGCUUUGUGAUUUUGAGGUGAAAAAGCACAGUAAGCACUGCAGGACAUGCAACCGCUGCGUUGAAGGGUUUGACCAUCAUUGCAGAUGGUUGAAUAACUGCGUCGGGAAGAGGAACUACACAGCAUUCUUUCUUCUUAUGAUUUUCGUCCUGUUAAUGUUAAUCAUCGAAGGGGAAGUGCAAUUGCUAUAUGUCAGGUGCUUUGCAGAUAAGAAUGGAAUAGAAAAGGAGCUUGAGAGAGAGUUUCAUGUAGAGUUUCCAAGAGGAGUUCUUGCACUAUAUGUGUUUGCUAGUUUACUGACAGCUUAUAGUUCAGCAGCACUGGGACAACUUUUCUUCUUUCAUCUG